AUGGCCCACAGUGUGAGCUUCGGUGUCAACAUUUGUCAAAUGGAUUCUGACUAUGAUGACAUCGAAGAAUGCGAUCCAGGUCAGAACUCCUUUCAGCUCGUUGAACAGCCAGCAGCCCGCACCUCUAAAUCUCCACGAAGGGAUGUUUCUAGGGAAUGCACAGGUACAAAUACACAAUGUCUGACGUUUACUGCCAAUGGCCACAUGAGAGGCGAGACACUUGACAGGGAGCAGGUGUCCUCUCUGCAGAGGCACCGCUGGUCUGCUGCUACCCUAAAGGUCCUCUCCUCGAUGCCCAGUCGCACUGCAGGGCCAAAUACUGCAUUAAUUUCCCACCGUACCAGACGCCCAGGUCAGUCUCAGGUACACCAACCCCAGACCUCCUCCCAUGUCUCUCCUCACCCCUCCAGAACAAUCCAGGAGGACAUUGUCCAUGCAGAUAUGGAGGAAAUCAGUACUGAAGAAAACAAGAAGGAGCAGUUGGUGUCCGACCUCCGAGACCUCUCAGCGAGCGAUGGCAUGCGCAAGCUGCGAGCCAUGCCGCUUAGCCUGGCAGAUAAGAUGGAAAUCAGGCGACUUGCUUUCAGCGGCGUAGCAGAAAGUUCACUCUUCAGCAGAAAUAUCCCAUGCUACAGUCACCUAAGCAUGUACAUCUCAAGGACUUGGCGUCACUGCCUGUUCAGCUGCCUCCCUGUCCUCAGUUCCCUCCAUCUGUGGCAUUCUCCCAUGAAGAGACUGAGUGGACGUUUCGGAACUGGGGUGCUCUCGUACUUCCUGUUUCUCCGGACCCUCCUGCUCUUUAACCUCCUCCUCUUUGUCAUCAACGGCCUGUUCCUGGUCUUCCCUCAAGCCGUCAAUCCCCCUCCUCUUUAUGACUCUCAUCUGAGCAAUUUCACUGGCCUAGAGCUUCUCACAGGCACGGGUUAUCUCUCUCAGAGUGUGAUGUUUUACGGCUACUACAACAACAUCACCAUGCCGUACAGCAUACCUGCAGCCUAUUUCUUCACCAUCGUCAUCUCCUUCGUCAUUGUCUGUAUCAUCCUGGUGUACAGCAUUUCCACGUCCUUUGGGAGAAGCUAUCGUGUCCUCAAGUCCAAUGACGAUCUGGCGGCAAAGGUUUUUUGCUCCUGGGACUUUAAAGUCAGCAAGAAGAUGUCCGUCAGACUUCAGUCUGAGAAAAUCAGCACUCAGCUCAAAGAGCUGCUAUCUGAGAUGAUCAGUGGGGAAGAUGAAAAGAGCUGCAUGCAGAGACUCGGCCGCCUCAUAGUGCAUCUGAUUGCGUGGGCUACAUGUCUGGCGAGCAUCUCCCUGAGUGCCAUGGCAGUCUACCUCCUGUCAGAGAAUGCCAUUCAGGGUCCUUUUAAAGAAAGUGAGCUGCUGCUCUUGUCUGCCGUGGUGUCGGGCAUUAAUCUGCUGCUCCCCGGCCUCUUCAACCUGUGUGCUUGGAUGGAGAGUCAUGACUCACCCAGUGUUCGAGUCUAUGUCUCCAUCUUCAGGAACCUGUUGUUGAAGGUCAGUGUUGUUGGAGUGCUGUGUUUCCGGUGGCUAGGAAGAAUUGCUGUGGAACCAGAAAGUCUUUGUUGGGAGAGCUUUGUGGGGCAAGAACUGUAUCGCCUACUCCUGAUGGACUUUAUCUUUACAGUGCUUUAUACUUUUUUGGGAGAGUACUUGUGGAGACUCUUUUCCAAGAAAGUGCUGAAAAGGAACAGGAAGCCGGUGUUUGACAUUGCUCGUAACGUGCUGGAGCUCAUAUACGGACAAACUCUUAUUUGGCUCGGGGUGCUGUUUGCGCCACUGCUUCCCGCAGUCCAGAUCAUAAAACUGUUUGUGCUGUUUUACAUGAAGAAGAACAGUCUGCUGCUCAACUGUCAGGCAUCAAGAAAACCCUGGAGGGCCAGUCAGAUGACCACACUAUUCAUCUGCCUUUUGUGCUUCCCCUCAUUUCUUGGUGCUGCCGUGUCUAUCACCUAUGCAAUUUGGAGGAUUAAACCCUCGUCGGGGUGCGGCCCUUUCAGGAAUCAGACCACAAUGUUUCAGUCAGGACAGCUGUGGGCUCAGCAGCUGGAGGAGGCCCACCCGAUCCUGUCCUGGCUCAGCUGGGCCUACAAUUCUCUGUUGGAGAACCCGUUGUUCUUAUUCCUCACCAGCGGAGUGUUUCUAAUGGUGAUAUAUUUUCGCACUCAAGUUGUUGAUGGCCAAAGGAGAAUCAUCAGUCGGUUAGAAAAGCAAAUUGAAAAUGAGGGUAAAGACAAAAAGUUCCUCAUCACCAAAUUGCAAGCCAUUUAUGAAGAAAUCUGUCUGAUUUCCCCUCAUAGAUAAGUGUAAUGGCUGAACAACAUUCACAGAAUAACGAUGGCAAGCUAUUGUCUCAUCAGUGACAAGCAUCUUCGCUUUAAUAUUAUCUCAUCAGUGACAAGCAUCUUCGCUUUAAUAUUAUCUCAUCAGUGAUCACUUACAAGCUGAGAACAAAAGCAAAACUAUUUUCAAAUUGUUAUUUUCAAAUACAUGACAUUGCAUAAUGUUUGGUGAGUCGUUAAUGUACUGGAUGAACACAAACUAGGUCCGGCUUUUAGCACUAUAAUUGAAUUAUUCAUAUUUUUUAAUACAUAUGUAUG